AACCCCUCCCCCGCCCAACCAAAAAAAAAAAAAAGUAAACGAGAAAAAAAAUCCAACUACGAAAAAUUUAAAACCCUAAUUGUUUAUUAAUUAAUUUGAUUUGGUUUCACCGAUUCAAGAAUCUGGCGAAGACCCAUAAUUCAGCAACUGAAGAAAAUGCGUUGUAGUACUAGUGUAAAAAGAAACAAGCUUAAAGACGCCAUUAUUGCAGAGCUUGCUGCUUCAACAAACCCUUCAAUGGCGAUAAACCCUGAACUUGUCGACCUUCGAUUGCAGCAGUUCUUGCCUACUUUACAAACUCCCACUCAUCCUCCUUACUCUUUGAUGAUUCAACAAGCAAUUUUGAAAUUAAAUGAGGAAUGUGGGUCGAAAGAGGAAGAUAUAUCGAGGUUUAUAGGGAAAGAAUACAAGGGUUUGCCGUGGGCGCAUGCUAGUUUUUUGAGUCAUCAUUUGGAGAGGCUUUGUAGAACCGGAGAGCUCGUAUCUGUAGAUAAUGAACGGUAUAUGGUUUGUAUGGAUGAUGGUGAUUUCAGGAACGAGGAGGAGACGAGUCUUGGGUUGAAAGUUUCAAAUUGUGAUGAGAACGAAGAUCGAGCCUUGGUUCGAGGGAAGGGGAGUGAAGUUGAGGUUUUCAAUGGAUGGAGUGGAGUAAAUGGUGAUCGAGUUCUGGAAUCUGAGAAACGAUGUGAAGUUGAAAGACAAAGUGUUGAAGUGAAUGGCCAGAAUGUAGCUUGUGAUGAAAGAACUGAAGGGUUUGAAGAACAAAUGGAAGGCAGAAGGGAAUCCAUUAAUGAGGUUCGAGAAGAAAGUCAACACUUUAAUGAACAAAUCGAACCGAGUCUUCAUUUGGAGAAGCUUUGUAGGAAUGGAAAGAUGGUAUGCGUUAAUAAUGAAGAUGAUGGUGAUUUGCAGAAUGAGGAGGAAAUGAGUCAUAGGUUGAACGUUUCAAAUAGUGUUGAGAAGGAAGAUCAAACUUUAGUCCAAGGGAAGUGGAGUGAAGUCAAGGCUUUUGAUGGCUGCAACGGGGUAAACAGUGGUCAAGCUGCAGAAUCUGAAACUCGGUGUGAAGUUGAAAGACAAAGUGUUGAAGAGAAAGGCCAGGAUAGAGCUUGUGAUGGAAGAACGGAAGGGUUUGAAGAACAAAUGGAAGGCAGAAGGGAAUCGAUUAAUGAAGUUCGAGAAAAAAGUCAACACUUUAAUGGACAAAUUGAAACGAGUCAUCAUUUGGAGAAGCUUUGUGAAGAUGAUGGUGAUUUGUGGAAUGAGGAGGACGAGAUGAGUCAUAGGUUGAACAUUUCAAAUAGCAUUGAGAAGGAAGAUCGAACCUUAGGCCAAGGGAAGCGGAGUGAUGUCGAGGCUUUUGGCAGCUGUAACGGGGUAAACAGUGGUCAAGCUGCAGAAUCCGAAAUUCGGUGUGAAGUUGAAAGACAUAGUGUUGAAGUGAGUGGCCAAAAGACCGCAUGCGAGCAAAGGAUGGAGGGAUGCACUAUAGAGUCAAUUAAUGAGGUUCAAGAAGAAAGUCAAAACUUUAGUCGACAAAUCGAAGAGAGUAAUCAUUUGGAGAAGCUUUGUAGGAAUGCAGAAAUUGAAUGUGUUAAUAAUGAACGGCAAACAUGCCACUUGGAUGAUGGUGAUUUGGUCAAUGAGGAGGAGAUGUGUCAUAGGUUCUGUAUGUCGAACAUUUCAAAUAGUGAUGAAAGCGAAGAUCAAACCUCGGUCCGAGUAAAGGAGAGAGAAGUUGAGGCUAUUAAUGGACUGAGUGGGGUAAAUGGUGAUCAAGGUGCGGAAUCCAAGAAUCGAUGCAAAGUUGGAACACAUAGUAUUGAAGUGAGUGAUAAAAAUACGACAUCUGAGCGAACAAUGGAGGGAUUUGAAAAACAAAAGGUUGGCAGAAGGGAACCACUUAUAGAGGUUCAAGGAGAAAGUCAAAACUUUAGUGGUCAAAUUGGAGCGAGUUGUCAUUUGGAGAAGCAUGGAGAGAUUGAUAAUGCCGAUAAUGAACGGUCUAUGGUUCACAUGGAUGAUGCUGCGUUGGGGAAGGAGAACGAUGAGAAGGAAGAUCGAACCUUAGUCCAAGAGAAAGGGACUGAAGUCGAGGCUUUUGUUGGCUGUAGUGGGGUAAAAAGUGAUCAAGCUAAUAAUGGAGAAGCAUGUGAGCAAAUAACGGAGGGAUUUGAAGAACAAAACGAGGGCACAAGGGAAUCACUUGAAGAGCUUCAAGAAGGUCAAAACAUUAGUGAUCCAAUUGAAGUAGCCGAAGAAGUCAAUAUAGCAAAAGGAAAACCAACUAAGGUGGCUCAAAAACGAAGGGGACAAAAGAGAAAACGACAAGUGAAGACCAGAAAACAGAGAAAGGUGGCUCGUGUUUUAAAAAACGAAGGCAGAAAGGAAUCACUUAAAGAGGUUCAAGAAGAAAGUGAAAACUUCAGCAGUCCACUCGAAGUAGCUGAAGAAAUACUGAUAGGAAAGCUAAAUAAGGUCACUCAAAAACCGAGGGGAAAAAAGAGAAAACGACGAGAGAUUACCAAUAAAACGAUAAAGGUACUUAAGGACGAUAUUGCCUGGCCCAUGAUGGAAAACGAGAAGAAAUAUGUCAAGGAGCGACAACAGCAACUGAAGGGCGGAAAUGGACUAACAAAAUCUGUUGGUGAACAAGAUCAACCACAACGAGGUAAGAUGGUUAGUGAACAAGGCUCACAGGACCCAAAAAUUGACAUCAGAACCAAAACGCUGGUAAAUCCUUUCGAUGGAGAUGUAAAUAACUUGAAGAUUUCACCUCCGAAGCGUUCUGCUCGUCUAUUAGAAAAGAAAAAGAAAGAAGGUUUAAAGCACGAGGAACAGCGGCAAAGGAAGCUUCGUGAAAGAGAAAGGCGUUCACUUAUUGUUUGUGCUUUGCCAGCGGCAACCCAACCGAGGAAAGAUAUUGACCUGGAGGCACGUACAACGCCACAGAUAGAUCUUGAAUCAAGGGAAUGGGGGAAGAUCCAUUUAAGGCAACUUAAACGUCCUAGAUCUCGAACGCAUGCAAAUAAAGGGAAUAUGGCUGAGAGGUUUACUCAAAGUGAGCCGAAGCUGAAUGGUACGUCCAAAAUUUCAGAACUCGAAGAGGAGAAACAAGAACCUCGGAUGAAGGUUUACGUUCGGAGAAAGGUGAAAAAAUCCCAGCUAAAAGAACCUGAAAACAAUAUCGUUUUGUCAUCAAACCUGGAAUAGCUUUUUGUGCUUUAUAUACAGAGUAGUAUGCUGCCGAUAUCUGUAUUAGCUUCAACACUGUCUUGCUGGUUUGAUUGCUCCGUUACGGCCGACAUUCUAUAGAUUAUCCUUGACCGAAUGUCGGCCAGAGUGAGCAUUUAUUUAUUUUCUGUUUCAUAGCUCCAUGCUUGCUUGUGGUUUUAACAGUGUAUCUAAGAGUUGCCGAAGAAAGCAUUGGUAUAUAAUUAAUUGAUAUUUAAUAGUGA